UGAGACUUGUGGGUAUUUCACAAGGCCACAAGCUCCAAUCCUUCUCUACUUAUAAAGUCGGGAUGAGGUCCUUGAAGCCCGCGGUGCUGCUGCACUUAAUUCUGAUCAGCCUCGUCUCAGGGCUGCAUUAUCCAAAUUCACCUUUUUCCAAAGUGCCUUUCCUGACUGUGUGGAACGCCCCAACUGCCAAAUGCCUCUCUCAGUAUGGCGUUAACCUUGACCUGGGGAUGUUUAACAUUGUCCACAACCAGAAUCAAACCUUUAUGGGUCAGAACAUAACCAUCUUUUAUGAUGAUAAGCUUGGUCUGUAUCCAAGGUAUUCCCCUCAGGGAGAGGCUAUUAAUGGCGGGGUUCCACAAAACAGCAGCCUUGAUAAACAUCUCAAAGUUGCCAGUGAGAAUGUAAACACCUAUAUCCCUGACACGGGUUUCCCAGGCCUGGGUGUGGUGGAUUGGGAAAGUUGGAGACCUGAAUGGGAGAGAAACUGGGACACUAAGAAGAUAUACCAGAACGGGUCAAAAGCACUAGUGAGGUCUAAGCAUCCAGACUGGAGCCCCAAACAAGUAGAUGACGCAGCACGCAUGGAGUUUAGCAAAGCUGCGAGGAAUUUCAUGGAGGAAACUCUGAAACUGGGGCAGGCGGCAAGACCAGAUGGUUUGUGGGGCUAUUAUGGUUUUCCAAACUGCUACAACUACUACAGCAACAAAAGCACAGGCUACACAGGGGAGUGUCCAGCUGUGGAGUUAAAGAGAAAUGACAGGCUUCUCUGGCUGUGGAGCACCUCCUCUGCUCUGUAUCCCGACAUCUAUCUCAGCGUCCAGAUGCAAGGUCUCAGCAGAGAAGUGCUCCUCUACUGCCACCACCGCAUCCUGGAGGCAAUGAGAGUAGCGGAUCAGGUGACUCCGUUCGCACCGCCCGUGUACGCCUAUGCUCGCAUCGUCUAUACAUACACGCUGGAAUUUCUCUCUCAGGAGCACCUGGUCUACACUAUUGGAGAGAGUGCCGCUUUAGGCUCUGCUGGUGUAGUUCUUUGGGGUGACUACGCUCUUUCCAAAACUCAGGCUACCUGUGCUGCCGUCAAGUCCUACAUCGAUAACACUCUGGGUCCUUACCUGGUAAACGUGACAUCAGCGGCUACGCUUUGCAGUCAGACCAUGUGUUCCUCUCAUGGACGGUGUCAGAGGAAGGAUCCACAGUCGAAGGCCUACCUCCACCUUGACCCUGCAUCGUGGAAGGUGGUGUCCAAGAGGAAACCAAAUGGAUGGAGGAAAUACAGAGUUUUAGGACAUUUGCAGCCACGUCAUGUAAAGCUAAUGGAGUCUGAGUUUCAGUGCAGGUGUUACGCUGGGUGGAGGGGUCAGAGCUGCUCUGAGCCUGUUCAGCUAUAAGACUUAGGCACUUUUGAAACUAGUAGCUAAUUAAUGGCUGAAUUAAUGGUGAAUGUAUCAAGAUACACUAAGACACUUUAUUAGGUACACCUGGUUAGUACCUGGCUGGACCCUCUUCUGCCCUAAUUCUUUGUGGCAUAGAUUCAACAAAGUGCAGGAAACUUUCCUCAGACAUUUUGGUCCACACUGACUUGAUAACAUCACGCCGUUGCUGCCGAUUUGUCAGCUGCACAUUCAUGGUGCAAGCCUCUGAUAUCACCACAUCCUAAUGGUGCUCUUUUGGAUUGAGAUCUGGUGACUGUGGAGGCCGUUUGAGUGCACUGUCAUGUUCAAAAAACUAAUUUGAGACAAUUUGAGCUUUGGGAUAUGAAAGCAUCUAUCAGAAUAUGAAUACACUGUUGUCAUAAAGGGAUAGCUAUGUUCAGCAACAAUACUCAGGUAGGCUACGGUGCCCAAAAUGUGCUAAGAGAAAAUCCCUCACACCACUAUAUCAUCACCACCAGCAUGAGCCGUUCAUACAAGGCAGGAUGGAUCCAUGUUUACAUGUUGUUUACACUAAAUUCUGACUGUACCAUCCCAGUUUCACAGCAGAAACUGAGCCUUGGCAGACCAGGCAAAACUUUUAUAAUCUUCUAUUGUCCAACUCUGGUGACCUUAUUCGAAUGGUACCCUUAGUUUCCUAUUCUUAGCUGAGAGGAGGAGCACCCGGUGUGGGCUUCUGCUGCUGCUUCUGUUUCAAAAUUUGAUGCCUCAUUUGUUCAGAGAUGUUCUUCUGCAUACCUUGUGGUAAUGAGUUGACCUCUGACCUCCAGUAUCAACAGGAAAUUUUCCCCCAGAGUAACUGCUGCUCAUGGGAUAUUUCCUCUUUUUCAGAUCAUUCUCUGCAAACCUUAGAGAUAAUUGUGUGGGAAAAUCCCAGAAGAUCAGCAGUUUCUGAAAUGCUCAGGCUAACCUAUCUGGCACCAACAACCAUGCCAUGUUCGAAGUCACAUAAAAUCGCCUUUCUUCCACAUUCCGAUACUCAGUUUGAGAAGCAGGUCGUCUCGACCGUGUCUGCAUUCCUAACGAGGCAUUAUCCCAUGCAUCAAUAAGCUGUUAGACAGAUGUACCUAAUAAAAUGUCCGGUGAUUGUAUAUUAUUAUUUGAGUGAAAGAAAUCAGCUUUAAACUUUUAUGCAACUACAGUUUUUACAGAGGGUUUCCUCUACUGCAGUAUUUUGUUUUAUUACUUUGAACUUUUCUUACUUUGUCCAUAAUAAGGUUGGGCACAGAGUCUGAAUUCAGAGCUCACUUUUCUGUUCUUUAAGUAACACGCCCUAGUAAGGCGUGUUACUAGGGGUAAAAAAAAAUCUCAGCUUAUCAGUGAAGGAGCACUGGUGUCCAGCAGCUGAACAAUGCAGUAUUUGUAUACUCAGAGACAUUCUGAUUUCAUUUAGGGAAAAGGUUUGAUUGCAACUCCGUCCUGUAUUCACGUGAAACAAAGAAGCAAGAAACAACCUACUGUCAAGACUGAGCAAUGAUUUAAAGUUGAAAUAUUUAAAUACAUUGUAAAUACAUACAAGAGUUUUUUGGGGGUAAAAACGGUUACAAAUUAGUGCUCAGAGAACACUAUUAUAAUCUCUUUAAUCAUUUGUGCAAGGACCAAUUAAUGCAUGAAACCUGCGGGUGUUCUCCUGGAUUUUAAACGUCAGAACUGGAUGAUCAUGGCUGCUGUAGCACCAUCUCUCUUUUCCUUGAUAGUUUAUUUCCAUAAUAAAGUCAUAUAUAUUUGAUACUUUA